CAUCGUUGUUAUUUGUUUUUUCUGAGUGAGAUGUAGGAAUAAUUAAGAAGUGACGUGAAUGUUAUAUUUGUAUUAAGAAACCAUUUCAUCAGUCUUUGUAUUCCGUGCAUGGUUAUUUCACAAGUUAUUUAUUUGUUGGUUUAUGGUAUACUUUGUGUUUAUUAAAGUACCUGGCUACUACAAGAAUUAUAUCUUGCACUAAGAUUUGUUAGGUCUACUGAAUCGUGUACAUGUUCCUCUUUUUCCAUUCACACUUGACACCAUCUGGACAAGCUACAAAAUGAAGGAUGAAAUAUCUGCUGCAGUAACAUUCUUAAUCCGUCUUGUGGAGAAAAACCUAAACCUAAAUAAUGCUAAAGUAGAAGAAUUUAAAAAUCACUUAAAUGAUCUGCUUAUGGAACGGUUUCAAAACCAUUGGUUUCCAGAAAAGCCUUGUAAAGGACAAGCAUACCGAUGUAUUCGUGUAAAUGAAACUGAACGUAGAGAUCCAAUUCUUCAGAGAGCAGCUCAGCAGUGUGGUCUGAAGUACGAAGACUUGAAACUUCCAUCUGAGUUAACGUUAUGGGUAGAUCCUCAAGAAGUGUGUUGCAGGUUUGGUGAACACCAAGGAUCUUUCUGCACUGUAGCAUCUUUCAAAAGUGGAAGUAAAGAAAAUUUUGUUCAUCGAAUUAACAUUGAAGAAUUAGAAAAAAUCUCUCAAGAAAGAGCCAGAAAGGCAUCGAUGAAUGUUGUGAAUGGUCGACGAAAAUGGAAAAAGAAAAACAAUGGAGAAAUAAAUCAAAACAAAAACUACUUAUACAAUCACAAUUUCAACCACCAACAGAUGCAUGGGGUGACCUCACCUAUUUCUCAUCAGUAUCCAGUAUACCGUAAUGGUGUGUAUGGCAGCACCAGUCCUCCAUCAGCUUUCUUCCCAUACAGUACCAGCCCUCCACAGCUUUUUUACAACUCUUAUUCAUGCUACUCCCCAAAGUUUUCCCAUGGAUUUGGACACUGCCACAGCAACAAUGGAACAACUUAUAUUCUUCCCCACCAAAAUUGGAAAAAUGACCAGUACUACAGGAUAAACAAGUCUUUGGUAAAAGUAUAAUUGAGCCGUAUAUCUCAGGAGAUAUAUUGCAAGUCUAAAACCUAGUAUAUGAACUUUUUAUUGUGCACAUUAUUGUACUCAUAGCUUACUUUUUUAAGUGUUAUCCAAAAAGCAUGAAUUUUUGCUUCAGUAAGGGAUUUAGUACGGACUCUAAACUAGUGUAACAAAAUAUGAGUGUAUUAUUUUAAUCAGUUUAAAAAAAACAAAAAACUUUCAUAAUAUAAGAUGGUUAUGAGUAUGUACUUAUAUAAAUUUUAAUAUUAAUUUUAGAUAGAAUUUAUUAUUAAAUCCAAGUAACUCAUAGUAACUUUAAUAUUGGGUAAAAGUAAUUGUUUUAAGUUAUCUGUAGAAAUUUAGUUCUGUACCCAUAUGUAUAAUUAUGUCACAAAACAUUUUGUGCAUGUAUUAAGUACACAAAUUUUUUUUUAGUAGUACAAUUUAUUGUGUUUAAAGAAGUGAUUAUUCAGCAUACAUAAAAUAUAAAGAUUUCAAUGUAAUGUAUGUUUUAACUUAGCGUAAUAUAUCAAAGAUAGUACUUUAUACAUUUAUAUUUCUCUUAUGAAAAGGUUAUGUAUCAUAUACACAAAAUAUGUACUGCUAUUGCUGUGAAUUUAAUUAGAAUUAUUGCCUGGAAAACACAAAUGCUAAGAAUAAGCAUUAUGUUAGUUCCUGAUAUGUUAAUGGUAAUUUUAAAACUUCAAAACUGUAAGCCGGUUUAUACAAGUUUUCAUGCUCUUGAUCAUUCUUUCAUUGUAUGGGAUAACCCAAACUAUGGUAGCCUACAUGUAUAAGUUAAAUAUAAGUUUGAACUAGGUGAACUUUUUUUUUUUGUGAUAACAUGAAUUUUAAUUAUAAUUGUCAGUACAUCUUUAUAUAUGGAGUGGUUUAGAAAUCUUCUGAAAUAAUUCUAUCAAUUAAGCCUAUUUAAAGUGCUAGAUGCUCAAUACUUUUAAAAUGUUCGAAAUAAUUAUUCUUCUAUGAAAAUUCAUCUCGGUAUUUAUGAAGCCAGCUAUUGUACACAAGUAACAUUACAAGUUUGUAAGUUUUUGUACACAUAGCACAUAUUCACACUUCUGCACACAUGUGUGGAGCAUUUUACAUCCUGCAUCGUUAUUGGUAGUCUGUAGAAAUAUACAAUGUAAAGAAAUUGUUAAAAGUUUUCUUGCCAGUUACUUACGCACAAGUUGCAUACCUAUGCAGAAAGUAAUAUUAUGAACAUGGAAUAUAAAUUUGUAUCAUUUGCUUGACAUUAUAUUUCUUCAAGUUCUUGGAAUGCACUUUCUAGCUUUUGAGGUGUUUCUAAUACAUUUUGUUUUUCAUCUAAAUUGCAUGAACUACACAUGUUGAAAAAUGUACUUCAACACUUCAUAAAAAUUAAUGGUGCCUAUUCAGCCUCUUUAUUUAGUAACAAACAUAUUAUUAUUUUGACUUCUAAAAUGUUAUUUCCACUAAUGAAACUAAUUUUUCUGUUGCUUUUAUGAAUUCUAUUACCAUUGCGUAGCAAUUUAUCAUUGCUUUUCUACAAGUUCAUUAUCCAUGUAUACUUCUAAAGCUUAUAGUCAUCUGUUUAAGGAGUUAUAUAUCUGUCUGUUUUCUCUCUUAUAAGAAUUAUUAUGAGUGUAGAAGUCAAAAUUUUGUGUAUCAUUCCCCAUUUCUAGUAAUACGAGUCUUCAUAUGGAUAGGAACAACACUCAGUCUCAGGAAGCAAAUAACCCUCUACAUUUACAAGAUUGGGUGUGUGACAUUUAGGAAGUUAUACAUUCAUUAUGUUAGGACGUGAAAACAAACUUUCAGCUUGUAUUUAACUUCUUUCAUGUAAUACAUGUGUAAAUUUGUGUUAUACAAGCCUCUGUUUCUUUAAUACUUUUUUUGCUCAUCAGUUGUACAGUUUUUUUUUGUUGUUGUUGUUAUCCUUCACACCAUUAAUAGUUAAGAGUAUUUGAACUCAUAAUAAAAGGUACUAAAAUACAACUUUAAUAUAAAAUUUUUAGAGAGCUUUAUAUAUUUUUACACACCAACAAUCUUUUAUGGUACAAAGCAAAAUAAAAACAACAGUAUAUCACUGUUUUAAGUAGUGGAUUAAUAUAUAGUUAUGUUGUGAAAUGAAUGAUGUGGAACCAAACCAAAUAUUAACUUUUUACUUUGUUUUUAUGUACACAAGAGUUAAAGUAAUAAUUUUGAACAUAUAUAUAUAUAUAUAUAUAUGAACAAUUUAUCGAUUUAAAAAGAAAUAAGUAUUUAAAAUGUUUAUACUUCUGUGAUGCAUUGAACCAACUGUUGUAAUUACAAUCUGAUGUGAAGUACCCUUUAUCAUUGACAUUAACAAGAACCUUUUUGCUUUCUUCACAAAAUCUCUCAUUAGGUGUAUUAGGUACAUUAAAGAUUUACUCUGUGAUUAUUAACAAAUAUUCCAAUAGUUGAAAUAGCACCAUCUAGAGGUAAACUAUUUUUUUACUGUUAAUUAUGAAAAUGCAUACAAUGCUUCACUACUUUUGUAUAUUAUUUUGUAAAAAUCAUUAAAUAGUAAAUAAGUUUAUUGCAGUUAUGUUAAAGUUGACAAAAGUACAUAAAGUAAUAACCAAAACAAAACACGCAGUUCGUGUAUGUUUGUGACCAUGAAGGCCAGGGUCUAGUAUUUUAGUUUUAAUUUUUUCCAAAGGACUCCCCCCCACCCCUUAUACUUCGUGAUAUUGCUUGCAAUAUCAUCAGUAGUUUAAACCAUUGCUGAGUAUCUGUUGUGCUUUAGAAGAGUUUCUGAAAAUAUUGAAUGGUUACAUCCUUAUCCAUCAUUUAGUGUGUAACAAAACAUGAAGCUUGCCUGGUCAUUGAUGCAAAACAAUAUCAUCAGUAAGCUCAGCAUGUUAAUAAUUAAUAAAUUGUGUAGCAGUUUGGAGCUGAGAAGUCAUACCAGCUUUAGUACAUUGACAAAUAAAAACUUCUGCCAACAAAUUUCUAAUAUUUGGUAUUGUUUUAGGAGCCAACUCUGAUAUAAUAUAAAUGGAUUUUUGUAGCCUGCAAAAUAUUAAUAUCUGUUACAUUUAUGAUUAGUUAUUUUUUUAGUGGCUGCUUCAUGUAGAUCAGUGAAGCUGGAUGAAAUAUUUCAGGUAUAUUACUUAAAUUGCUACAAAAAUUGCAUUUCUGUUGUAUUUCUUCAAUUAAGUUUACUGCUAAGUAAAACUACCUACACAUUUUAGUAUAUGAUAUUAGGAGCUAAGUAUUGCUUUUUUUGGUUUCAAAAGGUAACUGUAUUCUUAACUGCAAAUUUUAAUAUAAGGUAUAACUAUUUAAUUUCUAGUGAUAAACUUCUGGGUAGUUGAGUUCAUCUAUUCUGUAUGAGAUAUUGUUAUAGUUAUUAUUUUAUUAUUACUGUGCUUUUUUUUAUACAAAUAACUGUUAAAGAUCACUUCAAAACUUGUCACAAUAUCAGUGUACUUUGUUUCUGUAUUUAUUAUUGCAAAACAAAACAAAAAUACCACUUUUUAAUGAAGGAUGAUAAUAAAUUUCUAUACCUUAAAUAUACAAUUAUGUUCUAGUUUUGUUUUAAUUAUUUAUAGAUUUUGAAUUUUCAUUGUUUGAUGAAGGAACAAAUGAUAUUUUAUUGUUUAUUGCAAGAUUUUAUGUGGAAGAAGUUUAUAUAAUAUUGAAAGUUGUGAAUUUUUAUUUAUUUCACAGUGUUACAUUUUUAUAAUUAUAUCGGUUUAUGUACUGCUAUGAGAAUUGUGCAUCUAUACAUUAUUUUUAUUGGGAAAAUUAGAGACAUACUUUAUGCUGUGAGAUAACAUCUGAAAAAAUAACACCUAAAUUAUUUAAGAGUAUGUAAUUCAACGUGGAUAUUGUGCAAUUUUGGCAAUUCCAGAUAUGACAAAAUAUACUAAAUUAAAGCACGUCACAUAUAGCAUAUAAUGUUAUAUGUUAUCUUUCCUCUGUUUGUUUGUUUUUUUAUAAUUUGCUUUUCUACAAUGAUAGUGAUACAGGUUGUGUUGGUAAUUGUUGUCCAGUAUGUGUGAAGUUGUAGAGAUUUUUGUAACUUUGUUGUUAUUUAGUUAUUGCAAAAAAUGUUUGUUAUGUUGAGCUGCGUUAAAUCAGUUAGCUCUUUAAUGUUUUACACGCUUUAAUUAUUAUUGAACGUGUGAAGGAGAAAAUAUGUUAAUUUUUUGUUUUCAAAUUUUGAUCCAUCCAGUGUCAAAAGUUGACUUUUUAAUUGAUAUAAAACUUUGAUAGGUGAUGUACACUUGGCAGAAACUUGUGUAAAAUUAACACUUGAAUAAUCUUUGCUUUUAGUAGAUGUUACUAGAUUUUAUUCUUGUGUAUGUUCUAAUGUUAUUUUAGAAGCAAAAUAUACUUUCACAAGUUUGAUGCUCUUAAAUUUUUAACUGUAAAAAGUGUUGUUCUUAAGAAAUUUCAGCAACCAAAAAUAUAAAAGCUCAAUUUCUUGAAAAAUCUAAUAAGGUUUUUUGAAAAAGUAAGCUAAGAAUAAUUGUAAUAACAGACUUGCUUUGAAUUUUUCAUGAGCUUUAUGAGCACUUUUAGAUUUUUGCAUUGUUCAUCAAUGUUUGUAAAUAAGGUGAAUUUGCUAUUAAAAAAAGAACAUAUCUAUCUGUAUGUGUAAUAACAAAUAUGCCCAGAACUUUGAUUAGAGUUCCAAACUAAUUUUAUUGUAUUAUAUAUUUUUGUCUAUGGUUACAAACAAAACCUUUCAGUAUAUUAUUAGUUUAUGCAUUACUGCAGUAAUUGAAAUUUACUUUAGAUAUUUUUUUAGUUGUAAUAGAUAAAUCUCAGUAAAAAUGUAAAAGUAGUUUAAAUUUUGUGUGGUAUGCUUAGUUCGAUAACUAAAGUUAAGUCAUUGGAAAUAAAAUAAACAUAACUUGUCCAAUUAAUUAAAUAUGCAGUCAUACCGCUAUGUUGGUACUGAAGUAUCAUGCAUUGUUCCUGGCCUGAGCUUUUGAAAAUUAGAAUUCAUAGUAGCUCUUCAUGUGCAUAUUUAUAUGAAGUAUGUAAAUUCCCAUUUGAAAUUUCUAAAAUCAUUGAACAUGUCCCAACUUCCUUGAAAACUUGAAAAUGAGCUUGUAACAUCUAGAUUUAAACGUAGCCAGCAAUUUAAUUCAUAACUUUUGGUAUAUUAACAUCUCUCGCUUUAUAGAAUAAAUCAUUGUAAAGAUUGCAGAAAGAUGGUUUAUUAAUGUUGGUCAAAACAUUCCUCUUGGAUACUCCAUAUUUGUUGGAAAACUGAGUCCAGAAAUUCUUUUUUUACACAACAUUUAUAAAGAGAAACUUUGUGUCUUUGACUUGUAUGGAUAUGAAUAAUGUAUAAUUUAGCCUAUGAUAUGUGCAUGAUACAGUUAAAUUUUCAGCUGUAAGUGUUAAACAUAAUUUUGUAAAAGGUGUAUGUUGAUUGGAACACAGAAGUGUUCCAGAUUUUAAAAAAUGGUUAUUAAUGAUAUAUGUAGUAAAGUUGGUUAAUACUUAGAUUAAUGAGAGUCUUUAAUGGGGCAUGGAAACUCCUGAGAGUCGCUGAUAAUGCGACUUGUUAACCUUGCUGCUACACUUUCUUUAGAUGUGAUAUUUAUGAUCUUGUAUUAUGGUUUGUUUCUUUAAAAUUAAAAGGUACAAAUAAAUGAGAUCUAAGGAAUUUAAUUUGUAUGCAUGGUUAUGAUUAUUUAUUUAUUUUUUAGUUUUGAAUAAUUUGAAAUUUGUAAAUAUGAUUGUACAAGUUAAAUUUUGGUAUAGCAAUUCUGUGAAGAAAACGUACCAUUGUUUGAAAGUGAAAAAUAAUAUAUGAAUAAUGUAUUACAGCUGUUGCUUCAAGCUAAAUUCAACUGUCAACAUUUGUAUAAUUUGAGUUGUUUAGUUCUCAUCUAAAGCUCUUGGCAACAAACCAUUUUUUGAGUAUUAUGAGGCAAAAAUACUUUCACAUUUGAGAUAAAUUUGUUUUGAACAAUUCACUAAAUGGAAAAUUAUUGUGUAUUGUUAUGAGAAGGGAAGGAAGAGAUGUGUGGGAUGGGGGAGUAGAGAUGCUUUGCAUCUUAGAAUGCUAAAUAUUACACAGUUAUUUCAAAUAACCUACAUAUUCCAUGCAUUGCAGGUUCAUGGAAUUUUGGUGACAAGCUUUUAAUGAUACCCGUAUUUCUGUAUUUCAACUCCUUGAAUAUGUAUAUUUUUAAUUUAAUCUAAGAAUAUUACAAUUUAAUGAACAUUCUAUCUUCUAAUGGAGAGUACUUGUAGAACUAUUUUCUUUGAAAGCUGAUAUUGUUUACAUUGGUAUUUUGCCCAUAUAUCAUGAUUAGAAAACAGUGAUUGUUUAGAAGUGGACAUUAUUUUCAUAAUCAGCUUGUACACUGUUGUAAUAGAAUGGUACAACAGUAUUUUUUUAAGGGUGAUGAAAUGGAAACUUUGAAAGAAAGCAUCUAUUAAAGCAGUGGAUGACAAAAUGCUUAUGGUAUGUCCAUGAUUUAGUUAAAUUUUCAACUGUGUGUGUUGAGCUCAAAUUGUAAAAGGAAUGCAUGUUAGUUGGAAUGCAGAAGUAAAUUACUUAGUCUGUAUGGGUAUUUUAUUUAUUUCUGAAAUGAGUAAAAUUGGUAUAUGCAAUUGUAACUUCUAUUUUUGAAGAAACUGACAUUGUUGGAAAAAAAAAGAAGAGCUUACAGUGAAUAAGAAGGGUAGAAAUUAAUUUUGAGAAGAAAUUUGUCUACACAGUACAUCCAGAGUCCUCUUACUCCACUGUAGUGGAAUUUGCAGAAACUCUGAGUUUUUAAAUUCUGGUUGGAAUUGAAAUAUUAUUAUCUAAUAUAUCAAAAUUGUAAUUAAGGCAUGGCUGAACAAAUGAUAUGCAUAUUUUGUAAGUAGCUAAAAAAACAAGCAUAUUUUAUCUAACGUUUACCAAAGGUCAAAUAGUUCCUAACUGCAGCAGCAUUAACAUCAGGAUGUUUUCCUUACACCAUUUUUAUUUUUGCCUACUUUUAGCCUCUCAUUAGUCCAAGUCGGUUGUUAGUUCAAUGCUAAGAUGGAAAGGGGAGUACAAAGUGAAGUGUAUGAACUUGCAAAGAAAAUUAAGUAUGUUCAAAUGAAGUCUGUUCCUGUAUAAUUGUAAAAGAUUCUUGUUAGAUAAAUUAUUGUAUGUAUUGCAAGAAACAGUUAAUCCUAAAGAGCAUUUAAAUGUGAUAUUUUAGUUGUAAAUGUACCUAGAUUAUUGAAGUAAAACUAAGUAUUUGUUAGAGCUGUUCAGACUUUUACCACUUCAUUAUUUAUAUCUUGAUAUAACUUGUGAAUUUUCUAUUGCAAAUGUCUGUUUUGGUGUAUUUAUUUGGUUAAAACUUCCAAUCAAUAUACUGUAGUUGUUCUGAAAUCUAAUGUAAUAAAACUGAUUUACCAUAUGUUGGGUUGG